UCCCAGUUUUUGCGUUUUACCCCGAAGUUUUCGCGCAUGCGCGGUUUCUGCGGAGGCUCGGGGGCAUGAUGGCUGCGGAUGGUGCCUUGCUGCUGUCUCUGGUGGAGGAAUUCGUCUCGGGACUACAGGACAGCAAGGCCAAAGACACCGCUGCAGGUGUCAGAAAUGGACAGUUCACAGUGCUGCAGCUGGUGGAGGCACUGGGACUGAGUUUGACGAGCUCUCAGCCUCACACUCGAGCCAGGGGAGUCCAGCUGCUGUCUGAGGUUUUGCACGAGUGCUAUGGAAAUCUUACAGAGAGAGAAGUGGAAGUGCUGAUUGCUUUCUAUGAAAACCGUCUUAAGGACCAUUACGUCAUCACGCCGUCUGUCUUGCAGGGGCUCAGGGCUCUGACAAAAUGUGCGGCGUUGCCUCCCGGCUCAGCUGUGUCCAUGCUGAGGUCUUUGUUCCAGGAUGUUCAUGUACAGUCUCUGAUGCUGGUGGAAAGAUCGUGCGUCUACAACAUGCUCAUCAACCUCAUGGAGACCAGAGAGGCUGAGCUGAAGGGUCUGGGUGCAGACUUUGUGUUUGGCUUUGUUCAGUCAAUGGAUGGCGAGAGGGAUCCUCGCAACCUCUUGCUCGCCUUCCAGAUCGCAAAGAACAUCGUCCAUCGAGGUUACGAUUUAGGUAAAUUCACAGAGGAGCUGUUUGAAGUUACGUCCUGCUAUUUCCCCAUCGACUUCUCCCCUCCUCCCAAUGACCCCCACGGCAUCACCAAAGAGGAACUCAUUGAGACGCUGAGGGCCGUACUCACCGGGACACCGAAAUUUGCUGAGUUUCUGUUGCCGCUCAUCAUCGAGAAGCUGGACUCAGACGUUCAGAGUGCGAAGCUGGACUCGCUGCAGACUCUGACGGCCUGUGUGUCACAAUAUGAACAUAAGGACCUGGCAGAAUUCCUUGAGGGACUGUGGACAUCACUGCGCAGAGAGGUGUUCCAGACAUCCAGUGAGAGGAUUGAGUCUGCAGGCCUCGCUGCUGUGACCGCACUCACUUCCUGUCUGUCUCGCUCUGUCCUCAACUCUGACUCUGAAGACUCCCUCAGCACCUUCCUGGACCUCGUUCUCAAAGACUGCAAACAUCAUCUGUGUGAGCCGGACCUGAAGCUUGUGUGGCCUAGUGCCAAGCUGCUGCAGGCCGCAUGCAGCGCAUCCAGCAGGGCGAGCCACGCCACGACGGCUGCCGUCAUGCCCUCGCUCAUCGAGCAGUACAGCAGCAGAACACAGUGUUCCCACAGACGGACACUACUGGAGGUGGUGCUGCGAUUCAUCCAGUCGGUGAAGACCAGCCAGUCGUCAGAGAACGAAGAGAGUGUGUUCUCAGCCUUUCGUCAGUCCCUGUGCGGCAUGGUGUUUUCAGCCCUGUCCGAGACCAACGCCAGUCUGCAGAUCACGGCCACCUCCAUGCUCACCUCACUGGCACAGCAGACAGGUCUGCUGCUAGACUCUGACGUUGAGUUGGCUGUCGAUCACCUGACCAGACUGCUGCUGACGGAGGAGGAUGACAGAGUCAGUCUUGCUGUGGUCGAUUGUGCCGGAGCGUUAGCAGAGCUGCACCCAACUGUCUUUAUCACCAAACUGAUCCCAAGACUGAAGAAGGAGAUGUUUUCUGAGCCCAUGGAUGAAGGUGACAACAGAGCAGCGUCUGGGCAGCCUUCCCAUCAUGCAAUGCGUCAGCGGUGUUUGUCUGCUCUGGCCGCGGUGUCCACCAGACCCGGCGUUGUCCGGGAGAGCACACCUGUCCUCCUGGAGGUCCUCGGCUCGGUGCACGCAGGAAGCGCGGCUUUCUCCGUGGAGGAGGUGGUGUCGGCGUGUCACAGCCUCCGGAGGAUAGCGGAGCAGGUCCAGGACACGGAGGAGAUGGGCCGGUGCUUCCACGAAGUCGUCAUCCCCCGCCUGAUUUCGCUGGCGCUCCAAGCUGCACUGCAGGGUGAGGGGUCCUCUGGUCGUCGUAGUCCUCUGGUGGAGGAGGUGGUCCUGUCUGCCGUGGUCUCUGUCAUCAGUACUUCCUGCGCCAGGCUGCAGCCAAUGUUGGCAGGGCAGACGGCGUCGAGGGCCGUCUCUCUCUUCUUGGACGACGACGUCUCCUUUUUGCCCGACAACUCCUUCCCCUCGCAGAUCCAGCUGCUCAAGAAGCAGCAGGGGGACUCGUGGAGCCGGUCUCAGAUGGUCUGUCUGCUCAUGGGCUGCGUGUGCUCGCUACCUCGCAGUGUGGAGGUGCCCCAGAUCGACCAGCUGAUGUCACAGCUGGAGGAGCUGAGCUGCACCUGCAGCCAUCCGCUGUCGUACAACUCCGCCGCUAAGUGCUUCUCCGGGCUGGUCAACAAGCGACCGCAGGGUGAUUCUCUGGACAGCCUCGUUCAGACGAUGAUGAAGAGAGUUUGCAGAGAGCUGGACUCUUCAUCUUCACCUGUACGCACUCAGGCUCUCACCCUCAUGAUCUGGGUGUCCAAGGCUUUGCUUCUCCGAUACCACCCUCUGUCCACAGCACUGACUGACAAGCUCUUCUCUCUGCUCGAUGACACCGACCUGGGUGCGGCGGCGGCGGACGGCUUCUCGCUGCUGAUGAGCGACUCCUCCGACGUCCUCAACCGCGGUUGCCACGCCGACGUUCGCAUCAUGUAUCGCCAGCGCUUCUUUAGUGAGAACUCUGCGAAGCUGGUCCAGGGCUUCAAUGCCGCGCCGCAAGAGAAGAAGUCCAACUACCUGAAGGCUCUGUCCAACAUAGUCAACAAACUGCCGAAGCAGGUCCAGAUCACCGAACUACCAGCGCUCCUGUCACUGCUGCUGGAGGCCUUGUCAUGUCCUGACCAGGGCGUCCAGCUGUCCACCCUGUCCUGCCUGGAGCCCGUCCUCGUCGACCCACCACCAGCUCUCAUACAGCAGCUGGAGGCCUUGGUCAGCAGGCUGCUGGCCCUCACCUCUAGUCCCACAAUGAGCGUAAAGAUCGCCUCGAUGCGCUGCAUCCAUGCCAUUUCCCGCUUCCCCGAACAUGAGAUCUUGCCAUUUCGGGCCCGGGUGCUGCGAGCUCUGGCCCGACCACUGGACGACAGGAAGAGGCUGGUGAGGAGCGAGGCGGUCCAAGCCCGAGGAGAGUGGUUCCUGGUGGGAAGUCCUGGGGGAAGGUGAUUUUACACCUCAACACAACGACCUCCACAAGACAGUCCCUCUCUCCAUCAUCUUUCCCUUUUUUGUUUUACUGAAAUGCUUUUGUCGCCACUGCCUUUAUCUUCACGAACGCACAAGUACGAGAAUGUGGACCGACAGCAUCCUCUUCUUUUAAGUUACAAGAAUGAAAAAUUAUCAGAUUAUUAAUAUCAAUAUACAUAUAUCAAUAUGUAUCACUCCUCACCUGCGUUGUCGUCUCUCUCUGCACAUCGCAGAAGUUGUCCCAUGGAUUUGUGCCGAGACAUUUUGGAUGUGUAUAAAGUUCUCAAAGUUUUCUCUCACUCUGUCUCAGAUCAACUGCAAAAACAACCCUCAGUAUGUCUUGACAAAUAACUAAAGUUUUAUAUGCUAAUUAACUUGAUGAUAAUAAUUAUUAAUUAUUAAUCAUUACCAUUAGACUUCUUUUUGCGAGAGUUUUUGAAAAUCGAAUCAAACUUGAGUAGAAAUAGUAAGAAAAUGAAAUCUAUGUAAGCUAUCAAUUUAAAAUGGCUCCCUUUGGAUGCACUUUGUAUGGGUCGACCCCUGUAUGAAGAGAGGAAGUGAACAGUCUCUGCAGUGCUCAGAGACUACAGCUGAUGUUCUCCUGAGCUGUGGUGGUGAGGUUUAUCACUUUCUUUUUAAUGAAACUUUAUGAGCAUUUUUUAGAGUUUUUGGAGCCAAACGAGUGCAGCACUUAGCCCAGAAGGAAAUUACCAACUCUCUUAUCUUAUCUUUUUGACCAAUGUGUAGCUGAGCAUCAUCGGUGUGUUUGAUGCAUGUCCCUGUGUUUCACCAGCUGGGUGGAGUCGUAAAGACCAAGGGAAAUGCGGUUGUGCGAAUUGUCCUCCGGUUGUUGCAGGGUGACGAGAAUCAAAACACUUCCUCGUGUAUCGAGUCUCCACCAACUGGCUGAAAUGUCAAGGUUCAUUCUAAUGUUCAUUGAUCACUUUAGAUUGUACGUUAUGUGAACAUUUUGUCCAACAUCUGCCUCGUGUCACAUCAUUUCUGUGAGGUUUUGGACCUCGCUUAAACUUAUGCCAAGGAAAUAAGAAGCUAUUUAAAUGUCUAACUUAAGAUGUCAUUAAAGGUUUUCUUUGUGAUGUGUCACACAA